UUUUUGAUCACAAUGCAAAAUUUAAACAGUGAUGAGCUGAUACCUGGCACACUUCCCAAACUCAACUCAAAAGAAUGGUUGGAACCAAAGGCACUUUCUUUUAUAGAGGCAUUAGCUAAAGAAGAUAUUGAUGCAGCUAUUCACUCAAUAUUAUAUAGAGAAAAUUAUGUAAUUAAGGAACUAGAUAAGUAUGUACAACAUCAUGACUUCUUAAAUGCAAGAAGAAAAGAGAUAUUAUAUAAAAGAUGGGCUGACCACGUGGCAGAUCCUCUCCAGAAGAAAAUUAUAGAAAAAGUCUGUUCAUAUAAGAAGAUUAAAAAAAGGAGACAAGAGGAAUUAGAGGGUUUUUUAAAACAUGUAAAUAAAAAGGGAAGUGCAUUUAUAGAACAUUAUGAUCCAAAAGAGUAUGACCCAUUUUAUAUGACCAAAGAGGACCCCAAUUUUAGGAAGGUUAUCAUCCCACCAUUACGUGACCCUUUGAAAAAGGCACAAUAUGACAAGGAUGAAGAAAAAAGAACUCUUCUUCAAUGUGAGACUGGCAAAAUGUACACAAUGAAAGAAUUUAAAGAGGCUGAGGAGGCCAAACUGCAUUCCAGAUUCCCCAGAAUUUCUAACUCAAGGCACUUUAUGACUCCAGUUGAGUGGCUUAAACUGCCUACAAGAUACAUAGAAAGUGAAUUUUGUAAAAGGAGCAGGUUAAAAGUGAAAGUGAAUGCUAACAGUAGCAGUUUUGAUUUGAAACCCUCAGGAAGAGCACCUCAUCUUCAGGAACCCCAGGAAGAAGGAAAAACAAUUACUUACAAAAACAAAGAGGAAUUCUUUCUGGGAAAGAAACCUCUAUGUUAUAAGGAGGAAAAGAAUUCAAGCCCCAAAGAGGGUGAUUCUGAAGUCCCUUUUCUUCCUUGAACCCCAGCCAGAAGGUAGAAGGGGAUGAGGACCAGGAUGUGGUUUUAGCAACUAAGGAGCACACACCCUGAUCCUUGACUGAUGAAGGAGGACAUAAAAGAAGGUUGCUUCCGAGGAAGCCAUCUGCUAACAGGAAUCAUUCAGAGUGAGGCCAAGGAAGGCACUCAGGAUUUGUUCAACCUCUAAGAAAAUCAUCUGCAAUAAACUUCAUUUAAUUCUUGUGGUUCA